AUGAAGUUUCGGUUGUUGCCGGUUGUAGCCGUGCUACCGGGAAUGUCCAAGCUUGAUUGGGCGGGCAACUGGUUGCGCAACCGGAGAGACCAUAAUCUGGUGGCGAGCAGGAAUUGCCCGUUGCAGCUUGCGCCCGUGCCCACAGGGGGGUGGUCGGCAUUGCCAUUCGAGCCCAUGCAUGGGGCUAUGUGGUUGCGUGAGAAGCUGGCAGGUAUGCACGUUCCGGUGAGCCGUCUUAGCGAUAUUGCAACUCACUCCCUGAAGGCAACGGUGUUGUCGUGGCUGUCGCGUGCUGCGUGCCCGCAAGACUUGCAACGCAGGGCAGGGUGUCACAUGUCAACCUUUGAGAAGAGUGCGUUGGAGUAUGAGCGGGAUGGACAAUCAGCUGUACUGCAUUUCGUUGAGGGCGUGUACGAGUGCAUCAUUCAUGCCAUGUCUUCCCCUGACGCAAGUCGAUCUGGUCGUUGGUCGGGAUGCAGGUCGGUUGAAGAGGGCAUGAAAAUUUUGGCAGGCGCCGUUGAUGAGGUGUUCCCACGAGCGACCGAGGGUGAUGGUGAUGCCAGUGAUUUGGAAGAUGAGUCGGAGCCCGAUGCACACGGUGCAGAAGCUGAUUCCGAGGAUGAGCAGAUGAUGGCGGAAGUAGCUGUGCAUCAGGUCGCAAAGGCCGCGCCUAUGGCCAUGCCGGAGUGCAUAGCCUUUAUGCACUGGAUGAGUGGAGUUGUGCACUUGAGCCCUGUUGUGACUUCAGAUGACGAUGGGGAGGCAUGCGUGUUCAAGUGUGGGAGGACGGCCAAUUCUAACUACGAGCAGCUCAAGUGCACGCGCAUUGGCAUCCCGGGAGCCGUUGUGAAGAAGCUUGCUACCCAUGGGUGGAACACUUAUGCUACCUUUGGCUUCUGCAUCCAGAAUCAUGCUGAUGACAAGUCGUUCGAGUCACAGGUCAUAGGACCCGUGUUGGGUACCGACCCAGCUAUGGUCGCCCACGCUGCGAAGUUGCGUAGGUUGUUCAUGGAGUCCUACACUGUGUCUGCGGGAGAAAUCAAGAGACAGGCUGAGGCGUCGGAACAGGAUGCACCGCGGAAGUUGCCACCACAAGAGAUGGCAGCCCGAAUCGAGCUGUUGGCAGCGAAGAUUGCUCCCUUGAAGAUUCAGGAUCGCCUUGAGCCAUCCCAGAACUUGGUUAGUUUGGCAUGCCAGAUGUUGGAUGAGGGUCGUGUCAAGUACAUCUCUUGGGCGCAGUGCACCACAAGGUCGCAGGAGAUCAACGCUGUCAAGGAGAUCAAUAACCUUAAGAUUUGGCAGCCAGCCAAGGAUGGUGUCAUCAAGGAGACGCGUGUGGAGCCAGGCAUGACAGCGGCAGUGGCUACGGAGCUUGAGGUUCACCAGGCGCUGCGUCGCAGAGGCAUUGCUUAUGCUGUGGCACAGGUGAUGUCCUUUGCCCGUCAUGAAGAACUGAUAGCCCUCUUGUUUGAUGAGUUGCAACGCGAGGCAAAGGCUGGUUUCCACCCCGUGUCGCUGGCUCAGCUUGCGCAAGCGGACAGAGAGAUUCACGUUCGGCUGGGCGAGGCAACCAGGGCAGGUCUGGUGAACGGACCUGGUGGUGAGCUCCCGCUUGAUGUUCCGUUGACCCGUGUCUUGCAGAGCCCGGCGGUCAUGUGGUUGCUCAUGCCUCGACUCAAGCAAGGGUCAGCGCCAGCAACCGAAGAUCCGGAGGCGGCUGAAACGCCCAAGAAGAAGAAGACUCGAAAAAACAAGAAGAAAGACCCGAAAAAGGAGGCGGAUGUUGAGACACCGCCUGCCAAGAAGCGUCGGGUUCCCAUGCCAAAGGCGCUGAUUGGCGGCACACCCGAGGUCUGCACAAGUGUUGCUUCUGCUAUGGGCAUCAUCCUGGUGUCGAGUGCAGAAGCAAGAAGGUGUUGCGCAGCCGAAUUCACAUUCCUUCAGCACAGGACGAACAAGGCUCUUCCUGGCAAAAUGCCCGUGGUGUGUGGCGACGAGGCCGCCUUUUGCCCGUACGACAGAGACCUGUUCUCUUGCCGUUUCGUGAUGCCAGGUGCGUUGCCUCCUUUCGUGCGUGCGGGCGGAGCCCUGAAAGAUGCCUUAGUGUCUCCGGGCGCUAGGUCACCUACUGCCGCUCAAGAUGCAAAACCUCCCUAUGUGCUGGAGAUCUUCUGUGGCACUGCCGGCGUUGCUGCCGCUAUGCAGGCACGGGGCUGUGAUGUCCUUGGGAUUGACAAAGACUUGCGUCCACGCAAAGUGCGAGCACCGGCGGUGCGCCUGGACUUGUGUGAUGCGGAACAGCGUCGGCUGGUAUGGCAGGAGAUCGAACUGGCCGAUGCCGUCUGGCUGGCUCCUCCGUGUGGCACAUCGUCCCGGGCAAGAGGCAUACGUUUGCCUUCAGGGGGACCGCAACCCAAGGCCUUGAGGUCGGAGGAGUUCCCGCAGGGUUUUCCAAGCUUGCGUGGCGUCAACAAAGCACGGGUGACGGCGGCGAACACUUUGUACGCGUUUUGCGCUGAGGUCUUUGAGCAUUGCCGUCAAAACCACAAGGCAGCCGUCAUAGAGAAUCCCGAACGUUCCUUCAUGUGGCUCACUGUGUGGAUGCAGCGUGUGUUGCCCUUGGGGCGAUGGCAUGUACUACAUGCGUGCAUGUAUGGUUCCCGGCGUUUGAAACGCACAGCCUUGCUGGCCACGCAUGAUUUGCCGUCCAUGCGCAGCCAGUGUGAUGGCACCCAUGCACACAUAGCAUGGGGGCGCUGCAAGCAAGGCGCCGGGUGGGCGUUCGCUACAGCAGCCGAGGUGAGCUAUCCGCGGCCCAUGUGCAGUGCCGCGGCCAAUGACUUGUGUGCUAUCCUGCGGGCAAAUGGUUCCUUGCUUGAUAGUUCAUAUGCUUCGCGCGCUGCUUUGGCCCAUGUUGCGUCGCAGCGUCAGCCACGACGCGAUGGUCCGCAAGUGGGACCCGCGGAGUUCCUAUCCACCGUGACUGUACAGGUGCCUGCUGAGGACGAGUUGCCGGACUGCAUACCGGCUACCGGGUGCUUGGUGCCGGGUCUUGGGGGUGUUCCUGCUGGCUCCAAAUUACUUGCCUCACGUCGUUGCGAAAAAGGGGGGAAGGUGGUUCGUGAGGUUGUGUUUGGCAUAUACAGGACGCCAGAUGCAUUUGUCAAUGAAGCUUUGAAGUGCACACAUCCGUUUGACAGGCCGGGAGCUUUAGACAUGGACAAUGUGCAAGCUAUGGCCAAUAUCUUUCAGCAUGGGAUAGAGGGCACGAAGGCUUUUCGCGAGAGGAUGUUGGAUCACUACAGAAACAGAGCAAGGGAGCUGCAGCCCAUGGAGGAUGCGGCCAAGGGCCAAAUGCACCCCGAUGUGAAAGCAAUUAUGGGAUCCAAGCGCUUGUUGCUGUUGCAGGAGCUCAUGAGAGAUGCAGGCGUCCAGGACCGUGAGCUAGUAGCAGACAUGGCCAGUGGUUUCCGACUGACGGGUGAACUGAGACCCUCGGGCUUGUUCCCUCGGCAACUGAAGCCGGCUGCAUUGACGCAGGAUGAUCUGAAAGCAACGUCCAGAUGGUCCAAGCAUCUUGUGGAGGCCUGUUGCCGAAGGGCAGCUCGCGACAAGGAGGUGGCGUCCAAGAUUUGGGACGAGACUCUCGAGCAGAAGGAGAAGCAGUGGGUCAAAGGGCCUUUUUCUUGGAGCGAAAUUAGCGAUAAAUACCAAGGUGAAUGGAUUGCAUCGAAACGCUUCGGUGUUGUGCAAGGAGAGAAAAUCAGGGGCAUAGUCUAUCUUGGAGACUUUGUGAGUGCGUUGGUUGCUGUGCAAUGUUGCCGCUUGAAGUUUGCUGGAGUGCAGGGAGACUCCUGGUCAAGAUAUUUUAUCUUGCAGGGAACCAAGUUUGGAAGCUUUGUCCUGGGUGUGAAGGCAGUGACGACAGCCAAAAUCGGCAAGGGCCGACAAGAGGCUCUGCCUCCAGGGGCCGCAGGAGGAACAGAAGCAGUAGCGACAGCCGUCGCUCAAGACGCAGAGACAGGAUUUCACUGGUGCCAAGUGCCGACUGCGGCCUUUGGCGUGGCGUCCGGCCCACAGACCCAGGCAUCCCUUCCUGCACAGAAGGGGGUUGAGGCAGCUUCUUCUUGGAAGGAUUCCUCCCGGUGGCAAGAACAGGCCACCCCAUGGAAGAGCCAGCAGUCUUCUUGGGGCAAAGGUUGGGGGCAUUCCAAGAACUACGGCUCCAGCAGCUCGUGGCAGGGCUCUGGUGGGAAUCGGCGCGAGAAGUGGGACAAGCCUAAAGGCUGGAACAAGUGGCCCAAACCUGAGCAAAAGCUGGCCAAGGAGCAGUACGAGCGAGGGGCUGAGGAGCCGGAGAUUCUUCUCGACCCAGCUAUGGCUGGGAUUUUUGGCGCCCGGCAGCGGGGGCCACCUGAGAGGCCCGACUCUGAAUUCAACGUUGCGGAGGCAACGGAGGAGGAAGUUCAAGCGGCAGCCAACCGCAAGGCUGAGCGCGAGGAGGAAGGGUUCCACAGUCAGCUUUGGCAAGGGGCGAUUGCUAAGGCCCUCGCGGACCCCUCGCGCCCCAAGUGCGCCCGUGAACUGCUGCGUGAAGGCAGCUUGCGGAGCUGGUGGAACAUGUCCUGGAAGGACGCCCGAGGCCUGAUUAACGGAACCUUGGUGGAUGAGUACCGCGACCGGUUGAUGCUGUACAUGGCAAAGUACAAGAAUCCCACCGAGGUGCCGCAGCCCAUUGUCGAGCGCUGUGCAUGCUUGUUCGCCUGGUUCAAGCAGAACUCCAGGCCGCUGGACAUUGAGGGGGACUUCGAUGCGACCAUGUUCGCAGUGCCAGGGCAGAAAGUGCUGUGCUUUCGCACGAAGAUGACAGGGCCAUCUUUCCUUGAGCCCGCAAACCAUCGCUACACGAUGACAAUGUCCCACGGCUUGCCGUGGACGGCAGCCAUGGGUGUGGGCGAGUAUGGGGAGAUAACCCCUGGAGACUUUACGGACGGCGACUUCCCGUCGUACGGAUUCAGCGGCCGAGGGGUCUGCAACGACUCCGGCUUUGAAGGUAUCAAAGCCUCAAUCGCCAAGGUGGCUGCAAGAGCCAAAGGAAGGGACGUCAUCUUCUCGAUGGAAGGGCUCCUGCAGGAGAACACGCCCCAGGUGGAGGGGGGCAUGCCGGCACUGAAUGCUGCCUGCCGAGAUGCAGGCAGCGCGCGGUCAGGGGACCACCUGCUUUUGAGUCCCACCUGUGCAGUUUUGAGGGCCGUAUCCAUGGCUGGUCACCUACGAGCAUCGGAGGUGCCUUCUGACAGCGAGUCGGAAGGUCAAGAAGUUAACCAGCAUCGUGUUGCUCAGGUCCUGAUUUCCGCAGGACCACCGAAUGUGCAACUUCCCUGGGAACAAGGAAUUUUCAGGGAUAUCUUCGCGCCUGGACCAGUGGUGUCACUGGAUUGGCCAGAGCCCAAGGUUCUUGUCAAUGUGGAUGAAGCCGAACUAUCGUCUACACCAGGUCCCAGCGUUUUGCAGGACAAAGACAAGACGCCAAUCGCAGGUGUCUUCAGCUCCUCACCGGGAGCCAACGUUUUCAGCAAAGUGAUCAAGUGCAAAAAGAAAGAUGAACCUUUUGAGGAGGCCGUUGCAGGCAUGUGGUUGAAGAACAUGCAGAUGUGGAAACAGCUGUUCGAGGCCUCGCCGUCCACCACUUUUGCCAAAACAUUACAAGAAUUGGACGAAGAGGAGAAGAUGUUGUCCAUUCGUGACAUGUUUGGAUCUAAAUCACCACACACAAUCCAGAAGCGUGCAUCGACCUUGUUGAGAUUGUUUCGUUGGCUUCAAAAACAGGCAGAUGUGCAAGGGGCCUCUGUGGAAGAACCCCUUCUCCCAUCAGAAGAAGCGGUUUACAAGUUCUGCAGAGAGAUAUCCAACAGGAAAAAGGGCAAGCUGGCACCUCAGAGCGUGGUACAAGCGUUGAAGUUCGUGAAAUUUGUGCUUUCCAUUCCAGAUGUGGAGAAUUCCAUCUCCCCAAGGGUCCGAGGCUUGGCAGACCGAGUGGCAGGUGAGCACGAGCCCACAAAUCAAGCCCGGGACCUAACAGUGCUUGAAGUUAGAUUUCUGGAAGAGUGUGUUUGGAACGCUGAGCUCCACAUUGUCGAUCGAUUUGCAGCAGGAGUGUUCCUGUUUCAGAUCUUCAGCAGGAACCGUUGGUCGGACAUCAGGCACGUGCGAUCCUUGGAGUUCGAUUUUCUGGAAAUUGGCCCCGAGACCUGUGGUUUUCUAGAAGGCAGGGCCAGAGAGGUGAAACAGUCCAACAAGAAGAAGAAACUCUCGUUGUUCAUGCCCCUCGUGGCUCCAGUUCGGGGGGUCCACCCGAAGGUGGUUUGGGCCAAAGAAUGGCAGAAAGUGGCUGCCGAAGCAGGGAUCAUGCUCUCGAAGACCCCUGUAGGCCCUUCACGACCGGCCACCGCCCCAGAUGGUGCCUGGCUGCAGAGGUCCAUUGACUCCGCCGAGGCCUCCAACUGGCUGACGGGACUGCUAAGGAACCGCGACCCCUCAACGGCGAGGGUUACCACACAUUCCUUGAAACACACUGCUCUUGGCUGGUUGAGCAAAUACGGCAUUGUGGGCGAAACACAGACACUCUUGUCACAUCAUUCGACUGGAGCUUUGAGCACAUUAGCUUACUCAAGAGACGCCCUUAGUGGCCCCCUCCGGCAGCUGGAGGAAAUGUUGAAGCAGGUACGGGAGGGCUCGUUUUGCCCGGACGCUACUCGAAGUGGAUACUUUGCCCGAGCCCAAGGAUCAGAGGCAGGUGCAUCUGUUGACCUCGGGUCCUGGUUGCCGAUCAGCAAGGUAGGCAGCUUAGAUGGGCUGCCUGCGAACUCCGAAAGCACGCAUGAGCCUUUGCCAGCUCCAGUGGAAGGCUUUGAGGACGAUUUCCUGGGGGUUGGACCGCUUUGCCCCUCGCAAGGAAAGGUUUUUGAGUCACCAAGUGCCAUGCCUGUCUUGGAAGCAUCCGCACCGUCGUUAGCAGAAGGAGAAGAAUCCCCCUCGAAAGAAAGUGAGGAAUUAGACAAGCUGGCUACCGUGACCUCUGGGCUUUGCGAGACGUUGUUCGAUCAGGAUGACACACAAGAUGCAGAUGACAACGGGGAGGCAGAGAUCUCGCCCACCACAUCAGCAGAAGGGUCCUCCGAGGAAACCUCUGAUGGAGCCUCAUCGGAAGAAAGGGAGGAACCAGCUGCGACCCUGAGCCAGCCGGAGGGUUGGAGUGCGAUCCAGAACAAGAAGUCUACCAUGUUACAUCUGUACAAAGUAGCGGAUAGUCAGCCUUUCUUCGAGCAACAUGCUCGCAAGAUCGGGAUGGAGCAGCAACUCUUGGACAAAUUCAUAGCUGGAGGGGUCAAGACGGUGUCCAUGGCAGCCUAUGCCGCCACUCAACCGGGUCAACCUCUCACAGAUAGGGAGGUCUCCACUCUAUGUACGAGUCUGGGGCAGAACAACCCCACUCUUGCACAGAUGACGGUCGUGAAGAGGCUCCUGUUCGAGUGCCAGACCAUGAGCUUGGCAAACUUGAAGGCCACGGUGGAACAGCAGCCGGACUCAGUUCUACGUAAGCUGCCAGGAGCUGAGAGAGCCCAGCGCCUGGAAUUGCAGGCUCAAAGGCUGGGCGGACUCUCGAUUGAGCAUGACUUGGAGCCUGCCUUUUCAGUCUAUGAUGCCGUGUCGACACAGGUAGAGCAAGGGUCGCUGAAAUACCUGCACCCGAGCAAGAUCCCCGCACGUCGCCAGGAAUUAGCGCAAGGCAAGCCAACCAAGGAACUUGUGCUGGAUGCUUCGGGGGACGGCCUCUCGGUUCAAGACAAAUCCUCUAAAGUCGAGGCCCAGUUGGGGUCAGACAUGGCGACUUACAGGGCGCUGCAGAGAAGGGGUCUGGCCUACGACCUCGUUGGCAUUUUGAGUUUCAAGGUGCACGAGAAAUGGCUUCAGAAGGCCUUUGCUACCUUGCAGACCCUACCGCCCCCAGGCUUCAACCGUCCGACGCUGCAGCAGGUCCUGCGAGCAGAUCGGGCUUUGUGGAUGGAGCUUGGCAGCAAACAGCCGACCCUGACAAGGGCAGCGGCGAACGCGCCGCUCGCGGACGCCCGGUGCUUAGAUCAAGUCUUUUUGGAAGCCACCAACACGGUUGCAGUCAAUUUUCACUUCAUGCCGACACCUCGUGCGGAAGGGUUCCCAGAUAGAGGAGGCAAAGGCGCUGGCAAGGGCCCCAAGCGCUGGGGCGAUGGAAAAGGGUAUGGACAAUGGAAAUAUCAGAGGACCGACAAAGGAGACAAAGGCCAGGGAGGCAAGUCAGGCUUCAAGGGAGCCCGCCUCCCCACAAAGGGAAAAUUUGACAGUGGCAAGGGAGGCUUUCCGAAUAGGUCCCUUGUCUUGCAAGGAGGCAAAGGGGAGAUCCCCAUGCCGGCCGCCUUGCGAGGCGGAGUGCCGAACGACGAGCAAGGAGAUCCUCUUUGUUUUGGCUUCAACCUAGGACAGUGCAAGGUUGUCUUGGAUGGGGUCGAUGCCAUAGCAGCUACAGCUCGUUUCUUUGUACGGGGUCACCUAGGAGCGACUGAAGAAUUCCACCUGCCAGAUCGUGACGGUGAAACGUUCAGUGGGCGACUUCACCCCGAAUUCCGAGAAAAGGAGAAUCGGCAGCUAUACGGCAGGGCUCUUGAUUUGAAAAGCGCCUACAAACAACUCGCUCGGCAUCCAGACGAUGCAUGGGCCACAAUCCUGGCGGUUUUGAAUCCUUCAGAUGACACCGUGUACUAUUUUGAAGCGGUCGCGCUACCGUUUGGCGGGACAGGAUCGGUCACCAGCUUUAACAGGGCGGCGCGUGUGCUCAAAAUGGUGAUGGCCCGACUGUUCUGGUUGGUGUGCACCAAUUAUUUCGAUGACUAUUGCCAAAUGGAACUUUCCCCGCUGAUCGAUUCGGCUUCGCAGACGGCUGAGGCGUUGCUGGACUCCUUGGAUGGGAGGUUCGAUAGAGCUUGUGAGGGCAUCGUAGAGGUGUGCAACAAGGCCGGAAGGAUUGAAGAGCUCACGAGCGCGUUGCAAAACCUUGCGAGUGGGUCCUGUGGUCACAGUGAGCUUGCGUCGUUCAAAGGGCGCAUGUUGUUCGCUACCAACCAUGUGUACGGCAGGUGUGCGCAAAUAUGCACCCAGCUCAUCAGCCAAGCCCAAAGAUCCGGUGAUGUUGCGGUGGCCCGCGAAGCCCUACUGGAUGCAGCGCGCUUGGCGCUGGAUACCUUGCGAGCAUCGGGCCCGCGACGGCUGUCGUGUUGGGCUCAUGAACCGCCCGUGCUCAUCUUCUCUGAUGGUGCCCAUGAAGAUCAGAUUGUGACACAUGGAGCAGUGCUCCUUGACCCACUGUCAGGGAGACAAGAGUUCUUUGGUGAUUUUGUGCCAGAGUGGCUAGUGAAGCGGUGGAGGUCUAAGGGCUUAAAGCAGUUGAUCUUUUUCGCUGAGUUGCUACCUGUGGCAGUUGCCAAGGCGACCUGGGCACAUGUGCUCGAAGGUCGGCUCUGUUUCUUCUUCGUGGACAAUGAAGCCGCGAGAGCUAGCUUGAUCAGAUCCUUCACACCUGUGAUCAAUGCGACUUCCAUCCUGAUGGAUGUGGCUUGGGCAGAUGUCAAGUCUAAUGCAAUAUCCUGGUACUCGCGCGUUCCAUCAAAGAGCAACAUAGCAGAUGACGCAUCCCGUUUGUGCUUCGCCAGAUACCAGUCCAUGUUUCACCAGUGUAUGAAAGCAUCACUUGAAAGGCAGACGGGGGUGGUGAGGAAGUGA